UUAGUAUCGAAAACUUUUCCUGUCGUUUUGAUUUCGAGAUUUUGAGUUUAGCAGUUAUUGAUCAUUUGCUGCCCGGAAAUUUACAGGAAAAAAUAUCGGACGACGGGGACGAUGGUAAAAAUCAUAAUAUAAAACUGACUUGGACACAAUUCAAUCAAAAUUGGACACGAAUCAAUCAAAAUCACCCACCGUUUUGGUCGAAAAUUUGCCGAGAAUCAGUGAAUAGCUCGAUGGACUUCUAUAAAUUGGAAGUGGUUUCCAUUAUUCACUGCCAGAGCUUAUGUGUUUCUACCACCUCGGGUCUGGAGGAACUUCGAAAUAAGUUGUAACAUGCGAUUCUACGCCAAAACUACGGAUCCUAUCUCUGUUCAGAUGCUGUCUAAGAUCAGUGCCAUUCUGUGCAAGUCAUGUUCGAAAAGAAUCCUACUGAAAGUGGACCCCAAGUCUCUCUCUUUCAUCCUCAAUGAUCGCAUGCUCCUCGGAGGACUCGCGAUGUACUCGAAGAUCAGAGCAAACAGUAUUUUUGACGAGUAUGCCGUACAAAAUGAAGAGACCCAAAAUGUGAUCGCGUUUGAUUUUCCAAUCGAGUUGUUUUCCAAAUGUCUUCGAAAUGGAAAUUUCCAAUCAGUGAUCCACUCAUUCAAAAUGAAACUGGCCAAACGCGAAGACGGACACCCAUGUAUUAGAGUAGUAAUUGACUCUCCAGGAGCUAUCAAUGGGCCCGAUCGAAUUAUAAGUCACGAACUACCUGUCAAUGUUUACAAUAAUAGUUUGAUCUUGGCCGAUGACGCAAUAGUAGCUUGUCCUCAUGAACCGAAGUGUGACGUUACGAUCCUAGUCUCCUCGUUGCGAAUUUUGAAAAACGUCAUCGAAAGAAUUCGUAAUGUUGGACAUGUGGUGACUUUAACAUACAAUCGAUCAAAUGGCUCUUUUCAUUGUUCUAUGAGCAACGAUUUGGUAUCUAUCAAAACUCAGUUCGAAAAAGUCGAGUUGAAAAGUGAUGAAAAUAUCACAGCAGGAGUAUCGAGGGAGGUAAACAGAGAAGUUUCGGUGCCGAUUGACGCGAAUAAACUGCUUCGAGUUCUGUCUUCGCAUGUUUUGAAUCCAGCUAAAGUUCACUUGGGCCUGAAGCAUGACACUUACGUCGUUUUGUCCGUCCAAAUUGACGCUAUUAUGAUGCAAUACGUGCUGCCUUGUUUCUCUGUGUAAUCUUGGAAAAGUUUUGAUUCUAUUUGAUUGAUUCGAUGUCAAUUGUAUUUUGAAGUUUCGAAAGAAAACGUGUGUUCCUUCAUCAAAUUAAAGUAUUGUUAGAAAUCAAAAAACAAAUAAUUUGUCUAAAUUUUUGCUUUUAAUUGAAGAAAAGUUUGUGUGAUAUUGCGGAGCAAAUUUAUGUGACUCGAAAUAUCAAAGCUGGGUGAUUUGCAGAUGAUAAAUAUAAUAGACAGUUUUAAAAUA